CACAAGCACCCAAGGCCCCAUCAAGUAACAGCAACAGCAGACAGGUAGGGACACCGUGCAGAUGCGGCAGAGGGUGAGAGAGGAUGCAGGAAGAAGGAAGAUGCUGCUUGGCUGGGAUUACUGGAUCCAAAGUGGCUGUUUCAUGGACAAGUGCAGCGAAUGAUCCAUGAACAGCCCUUUAUACAGUGCCCGUGAUGCUGCCAGUACAUUCUUUGUGCUCGAGCAAGUCUCCAGGCACUUGCAGCAGAUGUAUGCUCAAGUCUGAUCGAUGCCGACUGCCAAAUCAGAUCUGCAGGAGCACUUGAAGCAUCUCUUUCACUUCCCAUCCUCCCUCCUCUGCCUAUCGAUGCCCAUCAGUACACAGCUAACCAGCAGCAAUCAUGGCUCACGCAAACGUUUGGAACAGCAGACCUAAGGAUGGCAAGGGCGGCCGUGGAUGCCGUGUGUGCGCUCACCAAGCCGGUCUCAUCCGCAAGUACGAACUCAACAUCUGCCGUCAGUGCUUCCGCGAAUACUGCAAGGACAUCGGUUUCUCCAAGUUCCGUUAAAGCACUUGCAGUGGUCGACAGUCGCUGCAUCUUCUCAAGACUGUCGGCCUCACCAGAGAUUAGAGGAGCUUGAUGAUGGCAAGAGAAGCGACGCUCUCAUCUGAAGGCAUGGUCGUCAUGACCGACUCCAGUCUCUUUUACCACCACACUUCACCUGCCGCCUCAUGGGACGGAUACAUAUCAGCAAUCAUGACAUUCCUGCAUCCACUGCUGCUUCUUUAUGUUCUAUGUCACUUGAUCAAACCUUUGAUGGC